UGUGAUGGAUUCACAUGGCGGAAGUUUGUCUCGCUGAGUGUAAACAAAGUAAAGACAUUUCCAAAGUCAAAUGACACUAAAAUGUCGUUUUUGUCUGCGUGGACUUUGUUGUGUCUUCUAGUUUGUUGUGAUGUAGGAGAGUGCAGAAGAAGAAACGUGCUUCUCAUCAUUGCUGAUGAUGGUGGGUUCGAAACCGAUGUUUACAACAACACUGUGGUCCAGACCCCUCAUCUCCGGGCUCUUUCUGAGCGCAGUGUGAUCUUCAAGAACGCCUUCACCUCCGUCAGCAGCUGCUCACCAAGUCGUUCCACCAUCCUGACUGGACUACCACAGCACCAAAAUGGGAUGUACGGCCUCCAUCAGGGAGUUCAUCACUUUAACUCAUUUGAUGGAGUGCAGAGUCUUCCUCUUCUUCUGAAACAAGCCAACAUUCGAACAGGUAUCAUUGGGAAAAAACAUGUCGGUCCGGGGCCUGUAUACCCAUUCGAUUUCGCCUACACAGAAGAGACCAAUUCCGUUCUGCAGGUGGGUCGGAAUAUCACCAAGAUCAAGCUCCUUGUCCAGAAGUUCUUCCAGAGCCUAAAAGCAGAGAGGAGUGAGACGGAAGAGGAACGUCCGUUCUUCCUCUACGUGGCAUUCCAUGAUCCUCACCGCUGUGGCCAUUCCCAGCCUCAGUAUGGAAUGUUCUGUGAAAAGUUUGGGAAUGGAGAAAGCGGAAUGGGGAGAAUUCCCGAUUGGGAGCCUAAGUAUUACUCCCCAGAUCAGGUCAAGGUUCCGUACUUUAUUCCUGACACUCCCGCAGCGAGGGCGGAUAUUGCGGCCCAAUACACAACAGUCAGCCGACUGGACCAAGGUGUCGGUCUGGUUCUUCAGGAACUACGGAAUGCAGGUUUUGAAAAUGACACUCUGGUGAUCUACAGCUCGGAUAAUGGAAUUCCGUUUCCCAACGGACGCACUAACCUGUAUGGCUCGGGUGUGAAGGAACCCAUGCUGGUUUCCUCACCUGAACACCGGCAGCGUUGGGGGCAGGUUAGCCAGGCUUACGUCAGUCUGCUGGACAUCACUCCCACCAUCCUGGACUGGUUCUCUUUGCCGUACCCACCGUACAGUCUCUCAAGGGGCCGUCUGGUUGAGUUAACGGGUCGGUCUCUUCUCCCAGCCCUGAACUCAGAACCAUCCUGGGCCACCGUCUACGCCAGCCAGAGUCUUCACGAGGUCACUAUGUUUUACCCAAUGCGCUCCAUCCACCAGGGCCGCUUCCGGCUUCUGCACAACAUGCACUACCGCAUGCCCUUCCCUAUAGACCAGGACUUCUACGUGUCCCCAACCUUCCAGGAUCUGUUAAACCGGACUCAAUCAGGCCAGCCCACAGGCUGGUUCAAGACUCUAAACGAGUAUUACUAUCGGGAGAGGUGGGAGCUGUUUGACAUCCAGUCGGAUCCGACGGAGAGGCGGAACCUAGCGGGUGAUCCAGCCUACGCCCCGGUUCUGGAGAGCCUGAGGGAUCAGCUGCUGAAGUGGCAGUGGCAAACGGAGGAUCCGUGGGUGUGCGAGCCGGAUGCAGUCCUCGAGACCAAACUGGAACCACAGUGCAGGCCGCUGUAUAAUGGACUCUGAGUGCCUAAAAUUUGAGAGAAAACUGUAUAAACUUUAAUGCUUCCGUUUAAAUGGUUUAAUAUGAGAACUGUAAGAUUAUAUUUGUAGUUUUAUAUUGAAAAUGUUAAUACAUGUUUUAAAUAAAAUCAACAUUGUCACA